GGUCUUUAAAUGACCAAUCAACCAAUCACAGCUUUGCUGGUGACCCAUGUGAUCCCAGGAAUAACCUGGUCUUUGAGUGAACAAUCGGCACACAGGAUACCAUAUGAAGAACCAAUUUCCAAGUCGCAUUUCCUGUGGUCGGUGCACAUCCUGUACUACCUGCUGUUGUCAAGAUUUCCCAUUACACCCCAUUAUAUUGCUGCAGUAGACAACACCCUUGCAAGGAAGUCGACACGGAUCUUUAUCAUCCAACUGGACGUUAACAAAAUUCCCUCCAGCUUUUGGAAUCUCGGAACAGUCUGGUCUUAUUGGUACUUCCAGUGUACAUGUACUGUAUGACGUUUCCUGAAUCAAGUUUUCAAAGAAGUUUAAUUGACGCUUUGCUGCUAACUUUCAGUGUUUUCAGAUCAGAAGGGAUCAAUCUGCACUCACAGAUCUCUGAACAUUUCUGUGGAUGUAUUGAUUCCAAAGUUACAUGUAGUUGUCGUUUGGAAUCUCACCAGCUUAGUUUCCUCGACACUCUGAAAGUUGAGCAUUGUUAUUGGGUGGAAUUUGCAUUAUUAAGAUGGCAGAAAGAAGUCCAAGUCCCUACAUUCGACGGCCAGGAGGGUUUGUCACAGCAAGUACCACACACAGUCUCCACAACUUCAAUACCAGCAGUGAUCCACAUGAAGUUGAGACUCUGAGCUCUGUGGACCUGGCAUCCAGACAGCCAGCUCCGAUUGAAGAGAAACCUCAGCCAGAGCAGCAUUCUCAGGAGCCUGAGGACUUACUCAGCUCAAGAUCUGUGGCUGAGAAAGCUCGUCAUUUUAACUUGAAAGUUGAGGAAGUGUCAAAUGAGUCUUCCAGUAGAAGAACUAAGCCCAUAGAUUUGACAGGAACUCCUACAAGGACGAUAGCUAUUCAGACAGAGAAAGACUCUAGCGUCAGGCGGGACGGGAAAUCCAAGCUUCCUAUCGUACGCUGGAAUACCUUAGAAAGCUCUAGCCCAGGCCUGGGGGCUUCACCAUCUUUUCAACGUUCCACGUCCAUCCCUGACGGCCAAGUAAGACCAAGGUUUGACAUCACACCAAGACCCAAGGCACCUAGAGGUUCACUACGACGCGAGAAGUCCAUACAACAACGACGAGAAGAUGAAAGGCACAUACAGAAGUCUCGAGAAUUGAGUAACUCAUAUGAGUUGUCUUCAGAUCUCAAGAAUAAACAGGUUGAAAUGCUUGAGAAGCGGUAUGGUGGUCGCAUCAGAGCUCACCACGCUGCCAAAGUUAUUCAAGAAGCCUUUCGACAGCACAAUAUGAAAAAGGAAUUCCAGCGGCUACGUCGCACUCCAUCAGAGAGUCGUAUCUCGCGUUACUUAGACAGUCACUCCAAGCAGUGGGGCAUUGGUGGAAGUCGUGCUAGGGUGAUGGUUAUUGGCAGUUCAGGCCCUACUUCCCCUGUCUCCACAAAGACUCCACUCAAGGGUAUACAAGAACUGGGAGCUGUAGAGCAACUACGUGGAAUUGAAACUGUAGGUGCAGAGAAGAAGAAGCACAAAGUCCAUCAUAAUAACAGUAACAAUGUCACACCUAAACGAGGUUUAGUUGCAUCUGCCAGUCCAGACCUAAAGGUGAAAGCUGACGGUGAUGCCUCCUCGGCAGAGAGAAGUCGUUUGAGUUCACAGACUGUUGUGGUGACAUUGACUAUGCAUAGACAAUCAGAUGAGAGUGAUACAUGUAGUCAUACUAGCACAGAUUCUACACCACUUGGCUCUCGUGAUGACUUGACUGCAAGGGGCGACAACCAAAGUUCUAGUCCCGCAAAUGUAGCCACAACUGAGAAGACCAUCAAGAUGGUAAUACAAAACACGGAAUUGAGAGAUGGUGGCGGUAGGGCUUUCUCCUGUAGGCUUGGCAGCCCUGGUCAAGUUGCUUGUGCUAAGAGACUUCCAUUUGAUGACUUAGACCAGACGCCUCAAGUCCGUGACUCGACCAAGAACGAACCAACUGCGCUGACAGAAGACAAAGCGUCUGUCGAUCAGAGCGAAGCAACACAAAUAGAUUUCAAGGACGAAAUAGUUACUGGUGAAGAUGUUGUUGAAGUCGCUAACAAAGUUGAACAUGAGAUGGAACAAGAUGAGCCAGGGACAGUAGUCCCAGCUCCAGAGGAGCCAGUGAUGGAAACUACUUUUGAAGUGAGUGUUCAGGAGGAAUCUUGUGCCAGUCCUUCAACGCCUACCGGUACCUCAUCAGGUGAAGUAGAAAGCCCCUUGGUGCCAGCCAUCAGUAUGGAAAACAGAAAAACUGUUGUGUCUAAAGCUGUGAUCAAAGAGGGUAAGGCAAGUCCCAGCACUAAGAGAGCCAAGAAAAGCCCCAAAAGUAAAAACGGAGAGGACAUUUCUCCCAAGAAGAAGAACUGGCCAUUUUCCCGAAGCAAAAGUGGCGAUCGCACACGAAAGGGUUCUCCUACCAACUCUCCUAAACCACAACGGCACAAUCCUAGGGCAUCAGUGCAAAGGGAAUCAACGGAGAGCGUACAGAAGCAGCCAUCAAGCAGUGAGGAAGUGCAUGAAGGAAAUGUGCAGGGGAAACUCCAUGUUGACAGUCCUCUGCAAUACCGGAAGUCCAGUUCCUCCUCAACAGAUAGUCAGAAUAUAUCAAUCGAGCCAAAACCGUCUAUUACACAACCCAACGAGGAUCCUUAUGAAAGGCCACGCAUGCACACUGUGGGAUCUGUUGAAGCCCUUGCCAAGAAAAAGAGUGCUCAGGAAUCAGAGAAAAUGCGGUCCAACUCUCUAAGCAGUGGGGAUCUGGGUGACAGAUCAGAUCAGAUCUCAUUAGCCUCUACGGUCACCACCAGUGAUUUUGAUAGAGAAUCCAUGCAGGAUGUACCUGCCGUGACUGUAGCAACACCAGAGGGUUCAUUGACGAUGCUGGAUAAGAUCAUCUCCACCUCCUCAAUAGACUCGGACUCAGAUGAUGAGGAUGAGGUUCAUACACCUUGUCAGAAGCGUGCCUCCUUGCCAAUUGUCAGCUUGUCCGGCCACACGGCUUCCACACCUCCAACCUCCGCAUCCAAGCAGCUGGUUUCUAGGGUGCAGAGCGCCAGUGGGAUGGAGUCCCCAAUCUGGAAGAGAAAGAGUCAGAACACCAAAGUGGCAACCAGAAAUGGGACAUUGGUCAACGGAACCGCAGGGGUACCAAGCAAGACUCUGGCCCGAUCAGAAACAGGAGACAGUAUGAGUAGCGAGGGUAGUAACUCGUCUUGUCGCUUCACAGUUGGGGAUGAUUCCAGUAUAACAGAUAGCCUGGACAGUCUGUCCUUAGAGUCUAGUUUCAUGGAGUCAUUGGAGAAGAGACCCAUAGACCCAAUGCUUAGUAUACCAAUGACAGCUGUCCGCUGGAGGAGAUAUAGGAUUGGUCUCAAUCUUUUUAACAAAAAACCAGAGAAAGGAAUCAAGUUUUUAGUAGAUAAUAAAUUUGUUGAGAACUCUCCGAAUGAAGUUGCCAAGUUUCUCCUGAAUCGGACAGGGCUGAGCAAGGCUAAGAUUGGAGAGUAUCUGGGCAAUCUCCAGAAGGAGUUCAACAUGCUGGUCCUAGAGUGCUACGUAGAUGAGAUGAACUUCCGUGAUUUGUGCAUUGAUGAAGCAUUACGUAAAUUCCAGACAGCAUUCAGACUUCCAGGAGAAGCUCAGAAGAUAGAGAGACUCAUGGAGGCCUUUGCUCAGCGAUAUUGUAUCUGCAAUGGUGAUGUGACCAGGGCCUUUCAGAAACCAGAUACAAUCUUCAUCUUAGCGUUUGCCAUCAUCAUGCUGAAUACUGAUCUGCAUAGUCCCAAUAACAAGCCAGAGAGACGCAUGAAGCUCCAGGAUUUCUUGAAAAACCUCAGUGGUAUUGACGAUGGCUGUGAUAUUGAUCCUGAGCUUCUUCAUGGUAUCUACAAUCGCAUCCGGCAACAUCCUUUCCAGCCAGGAAUGGACCAUACAAGUAUCGUCUUCAAGAUUGAACAGAAUAUCACUGGCAAUAGACCGAUCCUAGCUGAACCUCAUCGUCGUCUAGUCCGUGAUUGCAGCUUGUCAGAGGUCUACGAUCCCACCAAGAAAGACAAGAAGCAUCCCAGACAUGUCUUUCUCUUCAAUGAUAUGCUCAUGGUUACUAAACUGUACAAGAAGAAGACCGGGAGUAUCUAUGGCUUCAAGAAGGCCUUCCCAUUGCACACUGCUUGCGUGCUGGAUUUCUCCUCACAAUAUUAUCCCCAUGGGAUCCGUCUGGUAGCAGCCAUGAACAACCGUACACUCAUCACCUUCUGUGCCAACUCCCAGGAAGAGAAGAUGAAAUUUGUGGCUGAUCUGAGAGAGACGGUCCAAGAGGUCAAUGAGAUGGAGGACAUUAGAAUAGGAGUUUACCCCCCAAGGGAAAUGUGUCCCUGGGAAGCUGAGCUAGAGAGGCAGAAGAUUGUGCGCAAGAGCCAGGCAAGUACAGCUGACUCUGGACUGGGUCUGGAUACGGAGAGCUUUGCUAGUACACAGAACCUGAGUGGUAGCAUGGACUCAUUAGCACCACAGGCUAGCGACAGUGGUACCUUGAAGAGGACUGCACUGUCCAACUCACUCAUGGACCUGAAGGAAGCAUCAGCCAAGAAGAAUCACAGGAACAGUGCUAGUUCCUUAGACAGUGGAGUGACCCUGGAUAUCAACGCCACAAUGCCCCUCCCCAGAAAGAACCGCACCGGCACCAACCCCGUCAGUUCAGUCUUCAGCACACGACGCAACAAAGUCACCCAACCGACCUUCGACCUCAGCACCGCAGGCAAUAGCGACACCUCGGACUCGUGAUGUGGUCUAUUCCACGCUGGUGUAACAAGCCAUUAAGCCCCAGGCAUGUGCACUGGCUCUUCAUGAGCCCAGUCUCUUAAACAUCUCACCCAUAGAUUGUGUCAGCUGAUGGUAUUGUACAAAUUGCAACAUGAUCAGAGAAAUAGUAGUGGCAAGUUACACUGAGUGAGAGGAGGUAGUGUGAAAUCACUGGUGCCAAGGUGGGCUGAUGUGGACUACCAUAGCUCCUAACGUGGACAAGUAAUACACUACUUACCCGAAAUGAACCAUGUUGUAUUUGUUCUGUUACACCCAUACAUAAUUCAUUAGUUCCAUUGUAAGAAAUUCAUUGGAAUUCCAUGGAACAUCCCUCCCAUGAAAUGCGUAUAUACUGUCAUUCUUGAAGGUUGCAGUGUGGUACCACUAGCAACCCGACUUGCAUGUGCAAUUGUUGCAUAGCUCAGGGUUUCAGAGCUAAUUAUGGGGUACUGCUGUCCUGGUAGCACUGACUGGUUUACGUGCCUCAUGCGUGUGCCGUGUGUGCAGGGUAGCUGCUUUUGCUUCCCAGACAAACCUAUGCAAGUAUGAAUAAUGCUUUAAGCUUCACUUGUUGUUACUGUA